AUGGAGGAACUGGAACACACCUGCCCCCAGCCACGCACGACUCUGACAGAGCCGGCAAUUUUUGCAAGGGAGACGAGCUGUGAGUGUCAAGCCCCUCACGAGAGGCUGACCAUCGAGCAGGCCCGCCGUGGGACACCCGUGGAUCGUCCGGUGCGUGUCUAUGCAGAUGGCAUCUUCGACCUGUUCCACUCGGGUCACGCCCGGGCCCUCAUGCAGGCCAAGAACCUCUUCCCCAACUCAUACCUGAUAGUAGGAGUGUGCAGUGAUGAGUUGACCCAUAAGUAUAAGGGCUUCACGGUGAUGACGGAGGAGGAGCGCUAUGAGGCCCUGAGGCACUGUCGCUACGUGGACGAGGUGGUCAGGGACGCACCCUGGACACUCAGCCCAGAGUUCCUCGAACAACACAAGAUUGACUUUGUGGCUCAUGAUGACAUCCCGUACUCCUCAGCAGGCAGUGAGGAUGUGUACAAGCACAUCAAGGAAGCUGGUAUGUUUGUGCCCACCCAGAGAACAGAGGGCAUCUCCACGUCGGACUUGAUCACGCGCAUCGUGCGGGACUAUGACAUGUACGCCAGGAGAAACCUGCAGAGGGGGUACACAGCCAAGGAGCUCAAUGUCAGCUACAUAAAUGAGAAGAAGUACCGUCUGCAGAACCAGGUGGACCGCAUGAAGGAGAAGGUGCGUAACGUGGAGGAGAAGAGCAAGCACUUUGUCUACCGCGUGGAGGAGAAGAGCUCUGACCUCAUCCAGAAGUGGGAGGAGAAGUCACGAGAGUUCAUCGGCAACUUCCUGGAGCUGUUUGGCCCCGAUGGAACAUGGAAGCAGAUGUUCCAGGAGCGGAGUGGGCGUAUGAUCCAGGCACUGUCCCCGCGCGGUUCCCCCAGCAACAGCCCACCGCGGGAGCUGUCCCCCCUGCGCUCCCCGUCCCCACCCUCCCACUGGGGCCAUGCCCACGCCUCCUCGCCACCCUCCCCCAAAGGAGCCUCCGCCUCCAUCAGCAGCAUGAGCGAGGGGGACGACGACGAGAAGUGA